CAAUUGUGCCUCAAUUACUUUCGAGAAGAACGUCAUUGGCAGCGAUGACGGCAUCGGCUGUUGCGGUCCUAGCGUCGGCAUCCUCUCCUGCACUGGCGAGUGUUGCUGAGAUCGACAAAUCCACGGGAUCCCUUUACACUCCUAAGAAAGAAAUGCUUGCAGGAGGCUCUGCGGCAGCAAGGGGCAUCCGAAUCGAGGCUAGCAGAGACAACAACAUCAAACUUAAGUCAGGGCAGCAAAUCCAGACCGUGUACGAAACAAGGUUCAUUGCAUACUUAUCGCGAUUUUUGAUUAAUUUUGACGAUGCCGCGAACGGUUUUUGGAUAAGCCAGACGCAGGAACAAGGAGGAACAAACUCGGCUGAUUCAUCUUUGGCAGAUCUAAAGUUUGCGGAAUUUUCGGAAUCUGUUGAAAUUGGUCUGGCCGACUACUUCGUUGGUCCAUACGGAAGUUAUUCGUCCCUCAGCGCCAUGAAAGCCGGUAUUAACGCAAAAUAUCAAGCCAAAUCAAAACGUUAUAGUGAAGGUGGCGAAGAUGGAAACGCAGGAAGUGGUAUUCUUCGCCAAAUAGCUGGUGGUCUACUAUCGCGGAACAAACCGGUGGACAAAACACUGGCACGCAAGAAGACGGCGGACCGCGACCGAUUUGCCAAGCAGGGCGUACUGAAUUUGUACACCUUGCUGAAGGCACGCUACACGACCAAAACCGCUAAGCGCCAGCUGACCAUUCUCUUUUCGUUCAUUUCCAAUCCGGCCACUCAACCCACGGCCGAAAUACGUAGUCUGCUGGGAGAAAUCGAUGACGCAUCUAUCAACAAGAUCGAGAUCACCCGGCCCUUUGCUCGGAACGAGGUGACAUCGCGAACCAGCUGCAAACGAGGCGGUGGCUACUCUAUAGGUGAGCCACCUGCCAUCGAGAUCGAGCCCCCACCGGCGCUCGGCUCUGCGUACAAAUGCGCCAAGGCCCGGCCGAUCAUGAAAACGACAUCGCGGGUCCUUCGGAUCAACGUCGUCGACGGAGGACAGGGCUACUGGAAGACCCCGGAGGUCUACGUCUCGCUGCCGGGAGCCGGUGGAGCUUCUUCGCGGCAGUGCGUUGCGCAAGCCAUUAUCGAUCGAGAGGGUCACGUGGAGAGCAUUGUGGUCCUGGAUCCUGGACACGGCUACGGGAGGAGCAAAAACAAGACACCUCCAAAGGUUAUCAUCAAGCCGCCCGAGUCCCGGGGUAUUGCCCAAAGCAGGGGCAAUCGACCAGCCCUGGCGAAAGCAGAACUAGAAUAUGAGAUUGUUGAAAUCGAGAUUGUAGAGAAAGGUAAUGGCUACGUUGGAACGGAGCCUCCUCUAGUGACCAUCACACCACCGGAAGAAGAACCCGACUGGUACGUAGAUGUUGCCGAGUUGGCCGUUCUGGCCGAUUCCUCCUCGAACCGACAAUCUUUUGGGGCCUCCGUAGUAGAAAUGCGGGGUCCCAAAGGAAACCUUGCAUACUCUCCAGGUGGAAUUCGGGCAGUCCCUCCCAAGUUUCCGCUCCGACGCGUUCGCGAGGACCCUAUUGAGCUCCUCCCAUCGGUCAUACGCCCCGAGUACAAUAGCUACGGAACUUAUGUGAUCCCGUCUGUUGCGGCGGUGCGAACAUACGAAAAAAUCCUGGACAAUCCUCGAUUCCGGGCUGUCGACCCCCUGUUUGGUGCGAUUGGUGCUUUGCCGGCACAAAAAAGUGCAAUGGAACUAAAACCGAACGAGUAUGCCCGGCUGGCCCUGAGCGGUGCAGUUUGUACCGUCCUGGUUCGCACCGCUCUGAACCCGCUGGAAUUGAUCAAAACGAAACUACAACUUGAAAACGAUGAGGAAUUGUUAGCGUUUGCCCGUCAGUCUCUGGAUAAUUCCCCGGGCACAGGAAUCGACCAAGAAGGAGUUUCAAAAAUUUCCCCUGCGUCGUCGUACAGAAUCAAUGAAAAUAAGUUUGUGCCACCUGGAAAUUUAGCGAUUGAAGCAAGCCCGACGACAACGACUACUCUGGCAAUUGAUGAAAUAGCAGCAGUAGCACCUGCCAAAAUCAGCCCACAGGAUCUCAUAGGCAAACUGAUAGAACUCAGAGGUUUUCCAGCGAUCUUCCAGAGUGCGGAUAUCACGCUGUUAGCCAGCCUGGUGUUUGGUUCCCUUGGAUUUGGAGCCACCGAAUUGUUCCGGCGAUCCUUUACCGAGUAUUUUUUUAAUGGAGAAGGGGGAACUGGAGGAAAUGAGGUAGUAUUAUUGCUGGCGGCGACCGUUGCAACGAUCAUAACGUGUGCCGCUGCGGCACCCUUCGAGCUCCUCCGCGUGAGAAGUAUGGGCCUCGUAGAGUCUCAAGAAUGGGUCCAAGUAAUGAAAGAUUUUCUCAAGGAAAAAUCACAAACAGAAGAGAAGACGAACGGUGAAUUACAGUCGGCUUCCACUGACUUUCAAGAGAUCGGAGAACACGGCAUUUUGGAUCUAAGGGCCUUGAAAUUCAAGGAUUACCUGCCCCUUUGGGCCGGUUUUGGUCCGACGACAUCGCGGGAACUUGCCUUCGCAAUUCCAAAGUUUUUGGCUUUUGACAUCAUUGCCAAAGCACUCACCGGGCUCAUCAAUUCGCAACUGGGAGAGGGCGCACUCCCGAUCCAGGUCGGGAUCGGUACCGAAGGGCUGGCAAUAUCCGCCUUUUCGGGAGCCUGUGCCGGUAUCGCCGGUGCUUUUGUAAGCCAUCCGGCCGAUCUCAUUCUAACCCGUCUUUCUGCAUCCAAGCCGGUGGCCUCUACCGACGACGUUUCUGCCUCAAAUGGAUCGAAAGAAAACAAGUCGGAGGCCACAGAACUAAACUGGAAGGAGAUUGUCAAGGAACUGCUUGCUAAGGAAGGCGGUGUUGCCAACCUCUAUGUUGGUCUAGCACCGAGGCUGGUGUUUUUCUUUCUGGUAAUCGGGCUCCAGUUUUUUCUCUACGAUUACGUAAAAAAUAUUCUMGAGGUCGGUUCAGACGAUUUAAGUCUCGUGCUUGACGUCUUUUACGCAGUCCGCCAGGGGUUGAGUUGAUCGAGCAAUCCUCGCAUACAAUUGUUCCGUAAUAGUGGCAUUGUUGCUAUCAAUGAUCGCCACGCGACGGCAAUUCCACCGGCUAGAACUGCAAGAGAUUACUCAUGAUUCUAUAGUCGGAAUCAUUACUUACAGAAGCAGGCGUUACCACCAGACGGGCAAAAGCAGACUUAAUUCUCCAAUUGGAUACCAAAACUGACAACUACGGUCUUUCACCUGUCUGCGCUGCACGUAGUAAUCAAUACAUAUGUGGUUGAAAAUCAAUACAUGAAAUGGCCCCAGUGCAUACUACUAGUAACGAUAGUUAGCUGGCAAAGAAAGUUGUAGUUGGUCCAGAAGGUUGUGGAAAUGAAGCAAUCGCAGAUUUCAUAAUUUUCUAAAGAUUGACGAUAACAACUAAAAAAGAAAAAUUCUCAAUUCUGAACAUCAAUAACAAAACCCAUAUCUGCAAGCAUGUCGAAUGCAUGAAAUUUUGUUUAGCUGCGAGCGUCAAUAAAAAUUUGAGAAAGUCUUGCAGGGAUGAACUGCCUUGACUUUAUGCAGAGUUGCACUGCGGAUAGUUUAAAGAAAGUAUUACUGUAAGUCAUUUGCAGUAAACAGAAAUUGAUUCCAUCCAAUAUCAUGUUGUGACUUCCAUUCAUGAGUCUUCCACCUAAGGAAUAAAAUAAUACUGUAGUGAAUGAUCGUUUUUGUCGACUCGCACUAUGUGAUACUGUAUAAUGCUACUUAAUCUAGAAGUGCGAGUAGUACGUACUGUAACUCGUAUUAUCGUAUGACGAGACCUGUCAACAAAAAGAAGUUAAUUUUUUUUUAAAAUUGAGUUUCAUCCAUAGCAAAUGCUUCGUACCAGUCCUACCUAGUAUCGUCGUUGCUCUACAGUGAAUGCACCCUCGAGUCGUACUCAAAACGAAAAAAAAGGAUGCUCAGAAUGAUCGAUAAAGUCCAUUCAACGCGAGACGUCAACCUCCAAGCGCAAUUCGAAAAGAACAUCGAGUAGUUCUCCAUCCAACUAAUUCGUCGUCAACGCUCGCAUUGGGAGUACUAGCACACGCAAGCAAGUGGCUUGCCCAUUCACUUGAGCCAUGGCCACUCUUUCGCAGGUGUACACCAACGUUGGAGUGGGGGCCGUAGUCUCUGCCGUAUGCUACCUUGGAUUCGGCACCGCUGUUCUGACGGAACAGAAUUGGAACCUGACCCCAAGGGCCUGGGCUCGCCMGGUCGAGGUGAUCCGAAACUGCCUCUCACCACCCUACUCUCUGAGCUGGAUUUACUGGGCGAUGUCUCUGCGGUAUAUCGAUCUGUUGGACGGCAUCCCGGGUACAGGAACGAGAAUGAAGGGCUGGUCAGGGCCACCAUUGAAGACCAAUCUGGACGGAAUCGUGCUCUUGCGCUAUCAUGCACUGCAAUUUAAGGUGGGCCAAAAACUGGAUGGAAUUGCGCUGCGGACGAAAUAGAAUCGAAUCGAAUCGAAUCGAAUGGGUGGUACAUCCUUGACCAAUCCGUUUUUCCUAACGCCUUUCCUAUUCGGUCUGCUUGGUUCUCUAACAGGUCUCCGCAUUUGCAACCAUCCUCUGUAUGACGCUGUUGCUCCCCUUGUAUUACACAUCGCAAUGCGAUCCUCUGAGAUACGGAUAUGCGUUUUGCGAGGAGCACGGAAUGCAUACGGAUUUCGAACAAUUGACCAUCGUAAAUUUAUUACCGUUAGUCAGGUCGGAAAUAUUUUAUUCGAACGGUACCGUUGUCGACUACUCUUAUGGGAAUAGAACAUACAACACGAA